AUGCGUCAGCUUGGAGAUCGUGCUAAAACAUUAAAUAUUCAAAAAAUAAUUGGCAAUAGUCGUCAGAAACUUGAACGAUGGUGUAAAUAUUGUCAUAAGAAGGUUGAUUGUUUAUUUGAACAAAAAUGUCAAGAACUUGAUCAAAUUGUUAAUGAAAGAGUUGGUCAACGACGAGAAGAACUUAAUAGAAUACAUUUGAAGAUAACUGAACUCAUUAAUGCACAAGAAACAACUUGUCCAGAUAUCGAUUUAUUAUAA